GCACUGAAAAUCAUGGCCACUCUUAUUGCCCCUACCGACCAUUCUCCCCAAGAAGAUGCUGAAGCUCUUCGAAAAGCUGUCAAAGGAUGGGGGACUAAUGAGAAGGGGAUUAUAGCAAUAUUGGCUCAUAGAAAUGCUUAUCAGAGACAACAAAUCAGAGAAGCAUACCACCAACUUUACCAAGAAGAUCUCCUCAAACGCCUCGAAUCGGAGCUCUCAGGCCACUUCGAGAAAGCUGUGUAUCGGUGGAUAUUGGAACCAGCAGAUAGAGAAGCAGUUCUGUGCAACGUGGCUUUGAAGAAACACAAGAAUGUGGAUUACAACGUCAUUGUGGAAAUCGCUUCUGUCCAUUCGCCUGAAGAACUGUUGGUGGUGAGGAGAGCCUAUCACAGUCGCUACAAGGCUUCCUUGGAGGAAGACGUUGCUGCUUAUACCUCUGGCCAUCUCCGGCAGCUAUUGGUGGGGUUGGUGAGUUCGUUUAGGUAUGGAGGAGAUGAGAUAAAUGCAAAAAUGGCACAAAGUGAAGCUGAAAUUCUUCAUGACGCCAUCAAAAACAACAAAGCCAAUUAUGAAGAAGCCAUAAGGAUCCUUACCACAAGAAGCAAAACUCAACUUGUUGCCACUUUUAAUCGCUACAGAGACCUCCAUGGCACUUCCAUCACCAAGAAACUGUUGGAUGAAGCAUCAGAUGACUUCAGCAAGGCAUUGCACACAGCAAUUCGUUGCAUCAAUGAUCCUCACAAGUACUAUGAAAAGGCUCUGAGGAAUGGAAUCAAAAGGAUUGGAAGUGAUCAUGAAGAUGCAGUAACUCGUGUGGUGGUGACAAGAACUGAGAGAGACCUAAAGGACAUCAAAGAGCUUUAUUACAAGAGGAACAGUGUUCAUCUUGAGCAUGCUAUCGCCAAAGAAUACUCUGGCUGUGAGAGCAGCAGGGGAGAUGCAGCGGGGAAGGCACUGUAUGUUGGGGAUUUAAAUAACCAUGUUAGGGGUUAA